CUCAUUUAAUUAUCAUUCAACAACAAAAAUACAACCAAAAAAACACUCUCCUAAAUCUCCUUCCAAAAAAUACACAAACACAUUCUCCUUAGCUAAGAGAAAAAAACAAUGGCCCUUCAAGCCCUCAACUCUCCGACCACUCCGGCGCCGCCGUCAUUCAAACUCGACAACGCCGCCACCAUAAACUACCUCGAGCCGUGGUCGAAGGGAAAGCGCUCGAAGCGCCCCCGCACCUCCGAUCACCCCACCGAAGAGGAGUACCUUGCUCUUUGCCUCAUCAUGCUUGCCCGAGGCGGCGCCGCCUCCUCCCCGGCGGCGCCACCGCAGAAAAGCCUCCCACCGCUGGCGGUUUACAAGUGCUCCGUUUGCAACAAGACGUUCGGGUCCUACCAAGCCUUGGGCGGCCACAAAGCCAGCCACCGAAAGCUCACCUCCGGCGACGGCGGCGAUGAGCUCUCCACCGCCUCCGCCGUGACAACGACCUCCGGCGCCGGAGGGAGAGUCCACGAGUGCACCAUCUGCCACAAGCGCUUCCCCACGGGGCAGGCCUUGGGAGGGCACAAGCGCAGGCACUACGACGGCUCCGCCGCCGCCGCCAGCUCGUCGGAAGGGGUGGGGUCCACUGUUAGCCACCGGGAUUUCGACCUCAACCUGCCGGCGUUCCCUGAUCAGUUCUGGCGGAGAUUCGGCGGCGAGGACGAAGUCGAAAGCCCGCACCCGGCGAAGAAGGCGCGGGUUUCGCCGCCGGCGGAGUUGAAAUUUGUUUGAAGAGUGUGAUAUAUUUUUUUAAAAUGUUAGUUUUGAUUUGGUAGUGGGAAUUCUUUUGUGAAUACAAGUGGGAUUGAGUGGUGGUGGUAGUGAUUAUUUAUUGAUUCAAUUGAUUUAUUAGUGUGGGACUAUAUAUUUAUUUGAUUAAAUAAGGAUUGUAUUAUUGUUGAAA